AUGCAACCCCAGACAGUGGCUUUGGUGGUCCUCCUGGGCAUCCUGCACGUGCCCCAUAGCAGCAGCCAGGGCUGCCUGAGCAACCAACAAAUAGCAAAUUCUAUCAGGCAGAUGCAGAAGUGGCUGUCUUCACAUGAGGCUGCCCAGCUGCGGAGCCUGCGCAACUUCAAGAAGCAGCUGGCCAUUCUCCAAGGCCAGAUCCACCAGCAGGCAGCCAAGCGCAACGAGAGCUGCACUCUCCUGCCAGCACCCUUGAACGGCAGGAGGCUGGGCAAGAGGAUGUCUGCGGGCCAUGAGGUGCAUUUCGUCUGCGAUCUUGGCUUCCUGCUGGUGGGCUCCGAGACACGGAUGUGCCUGGAGGAUCGCACGUGGAGCGGACAGCAGCCUUUCUGCAAAAGCAUCAAUGAGUGCGCCAGCAACCCCUGUGCUAAUGGCGGGACCUGCCUGGACGGCAUCCACCGCUACAGCUGCUUGUGUCCCAGGGCCUGGUCAGGCAGCACCUGUCAAGCCCCCCUUUAUUCCUGGAAAAUUAACCACAGAGAUAUGAGAGAGGCUGAAAGGGAGAGGGAUGGGGGGCAAAGAAAGGCAGGCCGUGUUUCCUCCUCCCUGGAGUGUGUGCCGUCCUUCUCGCCCGCUUUCACUGUCCAUCGGCUGAGCUGCGUUCAGAAUGCUGACCAGGGUUGUCCUCGCAUGCAUUGGGCAACUCUCAGCAACUCCUCCUUCAAGAGACAGCCCCGCUGUGCUGACAACCUCUUGGGCUCCCGCCAAUGCAGCUGUGACCCUGGCUUCCAGAUGCAGGCAGGAGGCAUAUGCCAAGAUGUGGAUGAGUGCCGCCUCUUCCAGUCUGGCAGCCACACCCGCAUCUGUCUCCACGAAUGUGUGAACCUGCCCGGAUCCUACCAGUGCACCUGUCCUGAUGGCUACCAGCUGCAGGAUGACACAAAUACUUGUAACGAUGUGGAUGAGUGUGUUGGGAACCAACACAACUGCAGCCGGGGACAGACCUGCGUCAACAACUUUGGGGGCUUCCGCUGCGUGCGACCGGCAUGCCCCAAGGCCCAGCUCAACAUCAGCUAUGUGAGGACUUCAGCCUUGCAAUGUGAGCGGAGCCCUUGCCCCAUGGACAGCAAAGCCUGCCAGAGAGCCGCCAACUCCAUCUCCUUCCACUACUUGCCUCUCCCAUCCAACCGCACCGUGCCCAGGGUCCUCUUCAAGAUGUCCACCAGCCGCUCUGUGGGAGACAGCCUGAGCUUUGGCAUCUUAGGGGGCAACCGCCAAGGGAAGCUUGUUGUGCAGCGCUCCGACCAGCACACGGGGGAGCUGGUGCUUACCCGGCCAGCAGUGGGCCCGACAACGCUGGCGGUGGAGGUGGAAAUGAGUGAAUUUGCUCAGAAGAUCCUUCUGGGGAAGCACAUCUUCAAGAUCACGGUCUUUGUUUCCCAGUAUGAAUUCUGA